AUGUAUUCCAAGUAUGAUUUUAUUAAGGAUCUUAAUCCUUCUAAGGAGGAGUGGAGGAUUAAGGCUAGAGUUGUUAGAACAUGGAAGGUUCCUAAUUUUCAGCAAAAACAUUUUGACGACAACGUAGAGAUGAUUCUGUUAGAUGAAAAGGGUGGAAGGGUCCACGCUGCUAUCAAGGGUUCUUUAAAUAUCCAUAACAAAAUUCACGAAGGAGAAGUUUAUUUCAUAAAAUUUUUUGGAGUUGGUUUGAAUAGUGGGAGUUUCAGGCCAACUAAGCAUGAUUAUCGUUUGUCCUUCAACUUGAGGACUGAUGUAAAAUCCACUAUUGAUUCUGCUAUUCCCACCAAUGGAUUUGAUUUUGACGUUAUAGAGAAAGAGUCUUCUGAUUCCCCUUAUUUAGUAGAUGUCAUCGGUUUAGUUUCUGGAAUAGGGGAAGUUCGUGAGCAUAUUAUCUCCGGUAGGAAGACAAAAAUGGUUGUCGUGGAGCUUGAUAACCUCAGGGGUCAUAAGCUCGAGUGCACUCUCUGGGAGGACUACGUGGACCAGGUGCAACAAAUUUUGGGGAGUAAUCAAUCUCCUCCAAACGUGAUAAUAGUUCAGCUUGCUAGAAUAAAAGGUUUCAGGGGUGAGUUCACAUAA